AUACGCACUGUAUGCGAUUGCGUGCUCGAUUUCCGAAAUGUCGAUUCCUUUCAAUGGAACGCGUACACGUUCAGGCGGAUUAUUAAGUGCUAUUGUAAAACAUUUGAAAACUUUAACCUUAAAACCAGUUAAAUCAAUCGAGCUAAAAUUCGAUCCUUUCCAUAGUCAAGCUUUGGAAAUAAGAGAUUUUUUCUUUCACAUUACAAUUCCAAGGAUUGUUGCAACAAAUCCAUAUUGCAAAGUAAAACCAUCUAUUCUCUCUGACUUAUCUGAGCCCAUAGUUACAUUUAAUUUGUUAUCUGGUGAUAGAAUAGUAUGCAAAAGUGCAAAUUUGACGUGUUUAAAUCUAUUACAACUUUACAAUAAACAUAUAACGCCUUUGGCUCCAGCUGAACCUAUUUCUGAAGAUCAAAAACUAAUCAAGGACAAGGAGAAGAAGAAGAAAAAGAAGAAGGGAAUUAAAAUUAAACCAGGAAGCAAACGUAGAGGAGUCUUUUUGUAAAUUUAUUGACAAUUUAAUUUGAUCAUGAAACAUUAAAGAAAAAAUUGAAUAUAAAUGCAAGUAUAAAUUAAAGAACAGAAUCUGUGGAGAAUGCAUGUCAGAAUCACUUUCACAAAUUAUUUAAAAUAGCUCAAAUUAUAUCUCUUUCUCACUUUCU